AUGGCUUCUUCUUCUUCGUCGGGUUCCGGCGUGCCUCCGGGGUUUCGGUUUCAUCCUACUGAUGAAGAGCUCCUUCUUUAUUACCUCAAGAAGAAGAUCGCUUAUGAGAAGUUUGAUUUGGAGGUCAUUAGAGAUGUUGAUUUGAAUAAGAUGGAACCAUGGGACUUACAAGAGAGAUGUAGGAUUGGAUCGACUCCUCAAAAUGAGUGGUACUUCUUUAGUCACAAGGAUCGAAAAUACCCAACUGGCUCUCGAACCAACCGUGCCACCACAGCUGGUUUCUGGAAGGCAACCGGAAGGGACAAGUGCAUCAGAACUACUUACAAAAAGAUCGGCAUGCGAAAAACCCUAGUCUUCUAUCGAGGUCGUGCUCCUCAUGGUCAAAAGACCGAUUGGAUCAUGCAUGAGUAUCGCCUCGAAGACUCUGAUGAUCCUCAAAACAUCAUCUCUUCGGAGGAUGGAUGGGUGGUAUGCCGCGUUUUUAAAAAGAAAUGUUUCUUCAAAAUAGGAAGCCAAGGAAUUGAGAGUCAUACCCAAGAAAGCCAUAUGAAUACAAAAGGGAGUCAUGAGCUUUCUCGAGGUUUAACUCUUGGAGAAGCCGAGUAUCAAAAUCUCCAUCCCAAUCAUUACCCGACUAAUCUCUACAAAUCAGAGACGGCAUUGCACUAUUGGCAAAUGCCAACAAACACUUAUAGCUUCCAUGGACAAGCUCAAGACCUUCUCCAAAACCAUCGUCCGCCAAGCGGUGCCUAUGACUUCUCCGGCCUCCCUAAUGUUGAUGCUUGUGAUGGAAUUCAACAAGUUGAAGGUGAAAGAGACCAGACGGCAAAUGAGUGGGCAGUGCUCGACGGUGUUGAUGGGAGAUUCGGGAGCUCCUCUGGCACGGCAGUGCAGCAAAUGGACUUAUGGGGUUAUGGAAAAUAA